AUGCGCCUUCGUACGACUGCAGAGGAUGUAAACUCUGGAUCUCUAAGUGCCCACGCACCUACGAAAACCGCUGAGGACAACAGUAAGGACGCCUUCUAUGAUGAACUCAAUGCGUUGAUGUCUAAAAUACCAAGCCAGCAGGUGGUCAUUGUCGGAAUCGACGCAAAUGCGAAGACAGGACUCGAACAACAAUCCGAUGUGCAAGGAAAAUGCAAGAGAAAAUUCCGCCUUUUAACGCCUGAAGAGCAGCGCAAGCGGAAGAUGAGGACUCUCAAACUUCGGCUCGAGUACGUUCUGACAGUUUCCGUUUCUCAGUCGGAUAUCCAAAAAUCCAAAGCUGUUCGGAGCGUUGCGUUCGACUCUGACCACCGACCACUUCUCCUUAGCUUCACGGCUCCACAAGAGAAACCGAGGAAUUCCUCUUCAACCGAAAAUUGA